AUGGACCUUCGCACUCUAUCAACAAACAAUGGGACGGGAUGCAGUAUUGAUGACGACUGGUUCACCUGGAAGAAAGCUAUGUUGUCAGCUAUGAAUGAAUUUAUCCCUACCAAACACGUAGACCCCCAUCGCACACCUCCUUGGAUAACAUCAACCAUUCUACAUCAAAAUGAUCAAAUCCGCAAAAAAGUAACUGCCCGAAAGAGAUUUCUCAGCCGAGGGACUGAAUAUCUCAAGGCAAAAUUCAACCAGCUAAGAACUGACGUUAAAAAAUUAAUUAAAGGAAGUAGAAAGUUGUUUUUCUCAUCCUUUGGAAACACCCUACGAAUCAAUCCAAAACGUUUUUGGUCUGUAUUUAAAAUCAACUCGAACACCGGAACUGUCCCUAAGUCAGUUUCAAGGACAAAUUCCAACAUUCCGGAGACUAGAUUACAUGCAAACACACCUCGUGAUAUUGCAACAAUGUUCAAUGAAUAUUUCCAUUCGGCCUACACCAACUUCUCGGAAAAAUGUUCAUCACCUCUGCCUAAUUCCUCACCUCCACUAUCCAGUAUAUCAUCCAUCGACCUCUCUCUAGAAGAAGUAUACCUAGCCGUACAGAACUUAGAUCCCUUCAAGGCUCAUGGUCCUGAUGGUUUCCUUCCCGUGUUUUAA